AUUUUGUACGAUGAAAUCUCGGUUCGUCGCUCUUUUCCUACGGCUAUAAGCUACUCGUCCUGCUCUACCCCACUUUGUGAAGGUGUCCUUCAUCUUGUUCUUGCCUGUGGUGAUCGUAUUGACAAAGCUAGGGGGCUACAGUUCCGCUAGCAAUCACUUCCGGAAGGAAGCUUCUUUGGUUGCUUCACGAGUCUUGCGACCAAACAGCGUCAGAGAUGGCUACAAUCCUUAAGGCGCAGGGCUUGCGUGCUGGGCUGCCUACGCGGCGUCCUACUCCAGCUCCAUCACCUUUGUUGCGGACAGCGACUACGCCGGUUCUGCGCAGCGGCAUCAGCAUGACGGCGCUUCCUGUACACAACCGUGUGAUCCAGAAAACGGUGGCUCUCGGACGGCGUUCCUUGAGUGUGACCGCUUCCGCAGCAACUCCCUCGUCGCCCGCGCCCGCAAAGCCCGCGUUUAAGUGGGGCGCUAACAUGAAAGACUUGGGCAUUUGCGUCGGUAUUGCUACCCUAUUGUGGUUUAUCCCACCUCCGGCUGGUGUGACGGCCAAGGCGUGGCACUUGCUGGCGGUCUUCAUCGGAACGAUUGUGGGCAUUAUUACCACGCCUCUGCCGCUUGGCGCCGUUGCCGUGUUGGGCCUCGGCGCUGCAAUGAUUACUAAGGUCCUGACGUUUGCGGAGGCUUUCAGUGCUUUCGCUUCGGAGAUCCCGUGGCUGAUCGCCAUUGCCUACUUCCUGGCCGGCGGCUUCAUCAAGUCCGGUCUGGGUAACCGCAUUGCCUACGCCAUUGUGGGCGCUCUGGGCAAGACCACGCUUGGUCUGACCUACGCGCUUGUGUUUGCGGAGGCCCUGCUUUCCCCCGCCAUCCCCUCCGUGGCGGCUAGGGCAGGCGGUAUCUUCUUCCCGCUUGCCAAGGCGCUGUGUCUGGCGUGCGGCUCCGACCCGGAGAAGGGCACCGCCAAGAAGAUGGGCGCCUACGUCAUGAAGACCUGCUUCCAGACGACCUGCGUCUCCUCGGCCAUGUUCAUCACCGCCAUGGCCGCCAACCCACUGGCCGUCAACCUGGCUGCGGCCGCCGGCAUCAACAUCUCCUGGGGUACCUGGGCUCUGGCGGGUCUGGUGCCCGGACUGGUGGCCCUGAUUGCCGUACCGCUCAUCCUGUACGUGCUGUAUCCACCAGAGGUCAAGGACACCCCGGACGCUCCGGCUGCUGCGGCCAAGGAGCUUGCCAAACUGGGCCCUAUGAGCACCAACGAGAAGAUCACCGCAGGUGCGUUCGCCAUCACGGUGGCUCUUUGGAUCUUUGGCGGCUCGCUGGGCAUCAACGCCGUGGCGGCGGCUAUCGUGGGUCUGUUCAUCCUGCUGGUGACUAACGUCACCAACUGGAAGGAGUGCCUCAACAACAACGCCGCGUGGGACACCCUCACCUGGUUCGCGGCCCUCAUUGCCAUGGCGGCAGCGCUCAACAAGUACGGCUUCAUCCCGUGGCUGUCCAACAGCGUCGUUCAGGUCGUGGGCGGUCUGGGCCUGGGCUGGCAGGGCGCCUUCGGCAUCGUGGUGGCGCUGUACUUCUACAGCCAUUACUUCUUCGCCUCCGGCGCCGCGCACAUUGGCGCCAUGUACACCGCCUUCCUGGCUGUCGCCACCGCUUGCGGCACCCCCCCCAUGCUUGCGGCCAUUGCCCUCGGCCAGCUGUCCAACCUCAUGGGCUGCCUGACCACGUACGGCAUUGGCUCGGCGCCGCCGUACUUCGGUGCCGGCUACGUUCCGCAGUCCGACUGGCUCCGUCUGGGCGCCAUUUUGUCUGUGUUCUAUCUGGCCGUGUGGCUGGGCAUUGGCGGCGCCUGGUGGAAGGUGAUUGGCCUGUGGUAA